UCACAGCGCACUUCCGAACCGCUUGUUUCCCGCCCUCUUCGCUGUGUCUGUUACAUUCUUUCGCAGUUUGUAUCAAAGCAGAAGGGAGGAGAGGAGCCCGUCACCCGUCAUCAGUAACAUCAGUAAACAGCAGAAAUGGCAGAAGCCCAUCAGGCCGUGGCGUUUCAGUUCACUAUCACUCCAGAGGGGAUCGACCUGCAGCUGUCCCAUCAGGCCCUGAGACAGGUCUAUCUGUCAGGUCUCCGCUCCUGGAAGAAACGCGUCACACGGCUGAAGAACAAUGUGAUCACUGGUGUGUAUCCCGCCAGCCCGUCCUCAUGGCUGUUUGUCGUCAUCGCGAUCUUGGCCACCAUGUACACACGCUCGGACCCUUCCAUGGGCCUCAUCGCUAAGAUCCAAGAACAUCUGCCGGUCAGUGAUUCUCUGAGCAUUCAGUGUCGGACAGUGGUUUCUGCCGUGUUGUUCAGCACUCUGCUCUGGCUCUUGCUGAUCUUCACCAUGAGGCUUUGCCUGAAGCAGUUACUGUCGUAUCACGGCUGGAUGUAUGAACAACACGGGAAAGUGUCCAACACCACCAAAAUCUGGGCGGCCAUGGUCCGGAUCUUCUCGGGCAGACAGCCUCUGUUGUACAGCUACCAGGGCUCUUUGCCUAACCUGCCUGUUCCAGCAGUCAAGGACACUGUUAAGAGGUACCUGGAAUCUGCGUGUCUGUUGAUGAGCGAUUCUGAAUAUGAGAGGAUGACAACUCUGGCCAAGGAGUUUGAGAGCAGUCUGGGAAACCGCCUGCAGUGGUACCUCAAACUGAAAGCCAUGUGGGCAUCCAACUAUGUCAGCGACUGGUGGGAGGAGUAUGUCUACUUGAUGGGGCGUGGCCCACUCAUGGUCAAUAGCAACUACUAUGGAAUGGACUUCCUGUACGUGACACCUACACCGAUUCAAGCCGCGAGAGCAGGGAACACACUGCAUGCGUGUCUCUUGUACCGCAGGAAACUCAACAGAGAGGAAAUCAAACCUAGUCGUGUACCAGUUUUAAAUGUUCCUUUGUGUGCCGCUCAAUGUGAGAGGAUUUUCAACACCACACGCAUUCCAGGAGAAGAGACUGACUCCCUGAUCCACUGGCAGGACAGUGAGUAUGUGGCGGUGUUCCACCGAGGCCGUUAUUUCCGCCUGUGGCUGUACCACGCCGGCCGCAUGCUGUCUCCCAGAGAGAUCGAGCACCAGAUUCAGCAUAUCCUGGACGACCCGUCACCCCCGGCGACCGGAGAGGCCAAACUGGCAGCCCUGACGGCAGGGGACAGAAUCCCUUGGGCUCAGGCCAGGAAGGAGUUCUUCAGCUCAGGAGUGAAUAAGAGAUCUCUGGACUGCAUUGAGAAAGCUGCAUUCUUCGUUGCCCUGGAUGAUGACGAACAAGGCAUGAUGGGAGAUGAUCCUGCCGGCAAUUUGGAUCGCUACGCCAAGUCCCUUCUGCAUGGCAAGUGCUACGACAGGUGGUUUGAUAAGUCAUUCACUGUGGUGUUGUAUAAGAAUGGGAAGAACGGCCUCAAUGUUGAACACUCCUGGGCAGACGCACCUAUAAUGGCUCACGUGUGGGAGUAUGUGAUGACUACCGAUUGUUUCCAGCUGGGUUAUACUGAAGAAGGUCACUGUAAAGGAGACGUCGCCUCCUCCCUUCCUCCACCUACUAGACUAACUUGGGACAUACCUGCAGAGUGUCAGGAGCGUAUCGAACGCUCUCUCGCUGUGGCACAGACACUAGCCGAUGAUGUCGACUUUCAUGUGUUGCCAAUUCAAGACUUUGGCAAAGGUUCAAUCAAAAAGUGUAAAAUCAGCCCGGAUGCCUUCAUUCAGAUUGCGCUACAGUUGGCCUAUUAUAGGAAUCGAGGCUCGUUCACUCUGACCUAUGAAGCGUCUAUGACCCGUCUAUUCCGCGAGGGCCGGACUGAGACGGUGCGUUCCUGCACCAGUGAGAGCUGCACCUUCGUCAGAGCUCUGGAGGGCGGAGAGAGUAAGGAAGUGUGUCGGCAUCUCUUCCGUACGGCGGCUGAGAAACACCAGCAUCUGUACAGGAUGGCAAUGACAGGAGGAGGAAUAGACAGACACCUGUUCUGCCUCUACAUUGUGUCCAAAUACCUGGGAGAGGAGUCACCUUUCCUUAAAGAGGUGCUUUCAGAAACUUGGCGCCUCUCCACCAGUCAGACUCCUCUUCAGCAGGUGGAGCUGUUUGAUUUUGUUAACCACCCUGACUACACCACCUGCGGUGGAGGAUUUGGCCCGGUUGCAGAUGAUGGUUACGGCGUGUCUUACAUCAUCAUCGGAGAAAACAUGAUCAACUUGCACAUUUCCUGCAAACACUCUUGUCCUCAGACUGUUAGUACACCGUGCUUUCAUUAA